CCCCCCCCUUUCAUGCUAUUGGUUGAUACUUAUCUGACACGCUCAUACCGGAAGUGGUUUACACAUUCAAUAAUUCAACCCAACCUGUCUUCUCGGUCAUUCACAAACCUUCUCCGUCCUUGCCAAGGCCGUUUUCAGUGUUAACAUGUCUACUGAAAAGUGUUUCGCCAAAGGGAGUGCUGCACCCGGUCCAGUCCCCAACGGCUACAUCAGACUUUACAGCAUGAGAUUCUGCCCCUUCGCCCAGAGGACCAGAUUAGUGCUGAGUGCCAAAGGGAUCAAGCAUGACACCAUCAACAUCAACCUGAAAGACAAACCUGACUGGUUCCUUGAGAGGAAUCCCCUUGGUCUUGUCCCAACACUGGAGACACCUGCUGGGGAGGUGAUAUAUGAGUCUCCCAUCACCUGUGACUACCUGGAUGAAGUUUACCCUGAGAAAAAGCUGCUUCCUUCCUCUCCUUUUGGUAAAGCUCAACAGAAGAUGAUGCUGGAGCUAUUUUCCAAGAUAACACCAUACUUCUACAAGAUCCCAAUGGGAAGAAAAAACGGCCAGGAUGUCUCAGAACUGGAAGCUGAACUGAAAGAGAAGCUUUCCAAAUUAAAUGAGGACCUGGUUAACAAGAAGACCAAGUAUUUUGGUGGUGAUUCCAUCACAAUGAUUGACUACAUGAUGUGGCCGUGGUUUGAGAGGCUGGAGGUGUUUGAACUGAAACACUGCCUUGACAGCACACCUGAGCUGAAGAAGUGGACAGAGCGCAUGCUGGAUGACGCGGCUGUCAAAGCCACCAUGCACAGUGUGGACAACUACAAAGCCUUCUACAAGACUUACGUUGAGGGGAAACCCAACUACGACUAUGGCCUGUAGAAAAGAAGUGAUACAGGUGUUUUCA